CUCUUUCUUUUCCAUUCCCUUGCUUGAAUCUGGCAGAGUCGGAGUGACCAUGAGCUCCUCGCAAGCGGGCUCAUCGAAGCCCUCGUCUGUCGAGGCGAACUUGAAGAAAGCCCUUGAGCUCAAGGAGGAGGGCAACCGCCUCUAUGCCGAGGCGGCAAACGACGCCGAUGCGCUCCUUGCCGCGCUCCGUUGCUGGCACACGGCCCUCCUGCAUUGCGCAGGCAUCAACUCGUUUGCCAGCAUGUAUGGCGCCAAGUCGACGCCCGGCCAGGACAAACGCGCACAGGACUUGACCGUUGCGCUGCGUCUGAAUCUCGCAGCAUGCUACAUCAAGGAGGCCAAGUACGACAAGGCAAUCUAUGCCACGACAAAGGUCCUCGAGACCGACGACAAGAAUCUAAAGGCUCUCUAUCGACGCUCCCUCGCGCGCCUCCGCACCGGCGACCUGCAGCGCGCGGCCCAGGACCUGGAUCUGGCCCUCGAGCAGUCGCCGAGGGACCCCAGCAUCCGUCGGCUGGCUGCUGAACUCGUCGAGAAGGAGCAGGACCGUAUCGGCAGGCAGGGCGAGGAGGAAGCGCGAAAGGCCGACGAAGAGGAAAGGAAAAAGAGAAGCGAGGAGGAGGCCAAGCGGCACGACAGCCUUCGCGAGAAAGAGCAGAGCCAGCCAGCGUCAUGAUGGUCCAAGGGUAGCCCGGGCAACAAGAUCAUGGUCGAGGGAAAACCUUUAGCAAGAAAGCAAAGCAAUGAUGUAUUUGUAGUUGUACAAUGAUGAUGAUAAUAAAGAAUCUCACGCGAAAUGGAUCAGGUCCAGGCUCGCUGCUCGACACACGCCGCCAUCGAUGUUGCGGACGAUGACAAGCUUGUCGAGAGGAAUCGGGUUUCUCUGCUUCUCCAUUCCCGCCUCCUUCUC